GGAUCCCAUCCACCUGCUUCCAUGUUCGAUCGGUUGGUAGUCACGGGUACAGCUCUCUGUCAUUCUGUUUUUUUAUCCAUUCAUUCUCCACCCAAUUGCUCUCCGAUCUGUAUAAGCGUGCCCACUGCCCGCGCCAGGCUAGAGCACCACACCCCUCUGUCCCCAGCUCUCUCCUCAUGGCUUGCUGGAAGCUCUCCUCUAUGCUGAUGGCGCUCCUCCUGGCCAUCGCCGCCGGCCCUGGGACGACGCGGCCGGUGGUGGCUGCGACGUCGGCGGCGGCCCACCUGCACUUCUACAUGCACGACGUGACGGGUGGCCCGUCGCCCACGGCGGUGCGUGUGGUCAACGGGCCGCGCGGCACCUUCGGCAACACGGUGGUGAUCGACGACGAGCUGACGGAGGGCACGUCACCGUCGUCGGCCUCGGUGGGCCGCGCGCAGGGCUACUACAUGGUGGCGUCCGUGUCCAACCUGGAGCUCAUGGUGAACAUGAACGUCGUGCUCACGAACGGGCUGUACGCCGGCAGCUCGCUGACGGUGGUGGGGCGCGACGAUGUGAGCACGCCGGUGCGGGAGCUCUCAGUGGUCGGCGGCACGGGGCAGUUCAGGAUGGCGCGCGGCUACGUGCUCUGGAAGACCGUCACCCCCGAGAUACUCGACCUCGAGGUCUUCGUCAACCCUUGAGACACCACUGCUGUACUAGCCAAUGUUUUGAUUCUGCUUCUGGAUGUUUUUUUUAAAGCAAAUUCAGCUUCCAUUAAUUAGAUAGUGCUGAAUCAUCAGCAAUAAUACAGGCAACAUAGUCCGGAAUGGAUGCCAA